AGCGCGACAGCGGCGGUAACAACAUUGCUUUUUCGAUUACUUCUUUGCGCGUCCGGUUGCUGGCAGCUGGUCUGGGACCUAUUUUGCCUGUUAAUUCAUUUUUGGAGGAAAAUUUCACCCUAAUUCGUCCAUCUAUUGCUGCGGACCCAACGGUUUAAGCUAAAACUGCAAAAAUGACGGCAGAUUUCCUGGAAUAUUCUUCCAUUAGCUCGGAAGUUCGAGGCGCUUUGUGUCCCGGAAAGCUUAAGAUGACCGACUCGGCAAUAGUGUUCAAAAACGAGAAAACGGGCAAGGUCGAGCAAAUAAACGCCUCGGAUAUUGAGCUUCUGAAUUAUCAACGCAGUGUCGGAAGCUAUGGGCUUCGUGUUUUCAUGAAAAACGGAUUGCUCCACAGGUUCAUGGGCUUUACCGGAGACGAGCAAAAGAUUGCUGACUUUGUCAAGAAACACUACAAAUUAGAUAUGCUCGAGAAGGAACUAUCAAUGCGUGGUUGGAACUGGGGCACGGUUCACUUUAAGGGCAGCGUACUGUCAUUCGAUGUGGAAAGCAAAACCAGCUUUGAAAUUCCUCUGAAUCACGUUUCUCAAUGCAACAGUGGAAAGAACGAAGUGACGGUAGAAUUUCACAGGAACGACGAUGCCCCGGUUAGCUUGAUGGAAAUGCGAUUCCACAUUCCAACGACGGAAUCCUCAGAAACGGAUCCGGUCGAAUCUUUCCAAGAACAGGUCAUGCGACAGGCUUCAGUUAUCUCAGCAUCUGGCGAUGCCAUUGCUAUCUUCCGUGAAAUUCAUUGUCUUACACCGCGUGGUCGGUACGACAUCAAGGUGUUCCAGUCGUUCUUCCAGCUGCACGGUAAAACUUACGAUUUCAAGAUUCCCACCUCGUCGGUGUUACGAUUGUUCCUGCUGCCGCACAAGGACAACCGGCAGAUGUUCUUUGUGAUCUCGUUGGAUCCCCCAAUCAAGCAGGGUCAGACUCGGUACCAUUUCCUGGUCACUCUGUUCCAGAUGGACGACGAAACCAGCAUCGAAUUGCCAUUUACCGAGGAAGAGUUGAAGGAAAAAUACGAGGAUAAACUGACCAAGGAAUUGUCCGGACCGGUCUACGAAGUAUUGGGCAAAAUUAUGAAAGUCAUCAUUAACCGAAAGCUGACGGGCCCGGGCACGUUUAUUGGCCACUCGGGAACUCCGGCAAUCGGAUGUUCAUACAAGGCGGCAGCCGGUUAUCUGUACCCACUGGAGCGAGGAUUUAUCUAUGUACACAAACCACCGGUUCACAUUCGCUUCGAGGAAAUAUCGUCGGUCAACUUUGCCCGCAGUGGAGGAUCGACGAGAAGCUUCGAUUUCGAGAUCGAGCUUAAAACCGGCACCAUUUAUACAUUCAGCAGCAUCGAGAAGGAAGAGUACACCAAACUGUUCGACUUUAUCUCUUCGAAGAAGCUGCACGUCAAAAACACUGGCAAAGACGGCAAAACCAACUACAAGGAUGACUUUGCCGAUUCGGAUAACGAAGCGGAACCGGAUGCCUACUUGGCCCGCGUUAAGGCCGAAGGCAAGGAACGAGAUGACGAUGACGAUGAUGAUUCGGAAGAAUCGACCGACGAGGACUUCAAUCCAAAUCAACAGGAAUCGGAUGUGGCCGAUGAGUUUGAUUCGAACGUUGAAUCCACUUCUGAAGAUGAUUCCGAGGGCGGCGGUGGAGGCAGCGGCUCGGAUGCCGAAGCUAAGCAAAAGAAGAAGAAGGAAAAGAAGGAGAAAAAGGAAAAGAAGGAACGUAAGGAGAAAACACCCAAGAGUCGUUCCGAGAAGAAAUCUAAGAAAAAGGAUUCCGGUGCUCCAAAACGUCCUGCCACCGCGUUCAUGAUGUGGUUGAAUGCUACACGUGAGCAGAUCCGAAAGGAUAAUCCGGGCAUCUCGAUCACCGAAAUCGCCAAGAAGGGUGGUGAGAUGUGGAAGGAACUCAAAGACAAAUCCGAGUGGGAAGCAAAGGUUGCCAAGGCCAAGGAAGAGUAUGUAGAAGCGAUGAAAGCUUACAAGGAAGCGGGAGGCGGCGCUGCCAAUAAUGCCAGCGAUGACGAGGGCGACAAAGCUUCUUCUGGCAAGAAGAGAAAGAAGGAAUCAGCUUCUCCCAAGAAAGCAGUAGCAGCAGUUUCGAUGAAAGGAAGUGGCUUUAAGAGCAAGGAAUACAUUUCGGAUGAUGAUUCCAGCAGCGGAGGCGAUGAAAAGAAAGAAUCCAAGAAAUCUAAGAAAUCCGGUUCUGGAUCUGAAGACGGAAACAAGAAAGAGAAGAAGUCCAAGAAAUCGGACUCGGAACCUGAAGAAAGUGGUAGCGGUUCUGAAGCAGAAGACGAGGAGGAAGAGGGCAGUGAUUAGAUGGUACCGCAUUCAGAAACUAUCCCUUUGCGUGAAGGUAACUAUUACUCAUCAGCUUUGAUUUUAUUGGUGUCCAAGUUUAUGUUGUAUUGUUAGGGUCGAACUUCAUGCAAACUUAAAACAAAAAUACAAACAACAAAAAAUGAAUCCCAAGGACUAGUAUAAGCUGACCUGAUAGUUUUAUUAUUAAAAACCUACGCUUAAGAUUAACAAUCGAAUGAAGAAAAAUUGUUUGUAUAAAGUGGAA